GUGGUUGCCAACAUAGAGCUGUUCUUUGUUUCUGCCGCUGUUGCUUCUGGAGUUGCGAUGAUGCAAGGUCCUUCUACUUCAACUGUAGAUGCCACUGAUUCCCAUCUCCCCCAGAUUAGAGCUCAAAACACAACCCAAGACGCCAUUAAAGCAGCUGGUUUUCUUGAUUUACUUGAUGAGAUCAGUACCACUGAACUUGGUUCUGCCUAUUCUGGUCAGAAAAUUGAUAUGAAUAAUCAAACAUUAGCGAAUUUCAAAACAGAUUUAAUUACUAAUGAGGAAUUGGUCAGGAAAGUGGUUGAGUACUUUCAACUGCCCUUACCCAACAUUAACCAAAUGUUUCCAUGGCUUCAUCAUCAUGACACUUCAACUUCUUUUCCUGGCGAGGAAAAUACUGAAAACAACAACAACCACAAGUUCUUAACUUUGAUUCGUUCCACGGAUCCAUUCCAAAAAGACAAUAAAAUUAAUAGUAACAAUAAUCAGACUGAUAACUAUUACAAUGAUGACGAUAAUAUUAAUAAUAAUAGCUCCAUCUAUAAUGGUCCAAAUUGUGCCAAUAAUUAUGGAUUUCUCAAGAAUUCUGUCCUGCCAACAGAUUAUUUAAAACCACUAUCUUACUUGUAUCAAAAGAUCUCAUUAAAUAACAAUAACAAUAACAAUAAUAAUAAUAAUAUAAAAUUUAAACCGGGUUUAUCAACAACAAAUCGAAACACCUUGUAUAACUACAUCGCUCACUUAAUCUUUGAUCUCUUUGAAAAUUUACUAAUAGACUCCUUAAAAUCAAAAUUGAUCAACUUAAUCGUUGAUGACUGUUUGAAAUUAAAUUUACUACCUUUAUUUAAGCAUAAAUCCUUUGCAUUAUCAAUUCAAAACUCCUUUUCAAAUUAUAUUAAUAAAGCCAACAUCAACGUUAUGAAUAAUUCUAACAACAAUACUGAUUACACUCAAGAUUCUAUUAGAGCUAGAAAAUCAAUAAGAAACUUUGACCUACAAAUCUCAAAAAUCUCAAUUAUUUCAAAUGUUAUCAUUUAUUGUUUAAAUAAAAAUUCUCAUUUGAAAAAUUGUAACUGCAAAUCAUUAGCAAGAUUAAUCUACUUGGCUAAUUUAUUUUACAUUUCUCAGUAUAAGAAAAAAAAUCAAAUCAUUAUAGUUAAGGAUAAUUCUUCACUUUUGUUAAAUAAUAUCUCAAUUCUAUCAAAUUUCAAUUCAAAUUAUUAUACUUCCAUUAAUAAUUCCUUUCAACUAUUAACUUCUGAUUUAUAUUCAAAUCUAUCUAUAAAUAACUCUUGUGCCAAAUAUCCUGAUCAACUUCCAAGUUUUUUCAAUAAAUAUCAAAUUGAUGAUAUUCUUAAUCAUGAUUCAAAUUAUAUAUUAAAAGAAAAACUAGAAAGCCUUAAAAUUUCUUCCUCUACUAAAAUCAUCAAAAAUGUUUAUUUCGGCAAUAAACAAGAUUUCGAUUAUUUCAAAUUUCUUAAUGAUUCAAAUGCUUUAAAUGACCACUUGCUUGAUAUUUCUUCCUUUUCUUCUAAUGAUUCUAAUUUUGAUCCUUCCUUUAUCGAUUAUUUAAACCUCUUUCAAGAACCUAUACCAUUAGUCUGUGACCCAAGAAAUUCAAUUUUACAAUACAAUCAUCUCAAUUACUAUAAAAAUCCAAAUUCUUUUAUUAACAGCAUUCCUGUAAAAUGGAAUUUUUUUAUUUAUUGCCAUUCAGAUCCUUAUUUUCCAAAUUUAGUUCAGUUUCCUUCUUUUCAGUUAUUAUCUGCUAUUCAUGCCUUUGUUGUUUAUGAAGAUGAUUCAGGUUUAAAUGAAUCCUUUUUCAAAUUUAAUUUAAGCUCAAUUUUUAUAGAUUUUCCGUCCUAUGUAUCCGGCAUUGGUGACAUGUCUUUAUCCGAUAUCUUAUCAAUAAUUAAUCUUUGCAAAAUAUUAUAUUAUAGAAAUACUUCAAAAUUUCCAGCUUUAAUUUUCUCAAAUGAUGGUUAUUCUGAGGUCUCUUUAUUGCAAAUUUGUUUUUUAAUUUUCUCAACUGGUAAAAAUUUAAAUCAAGUUUUAUUAGAUUUACAAUUAAACCAUGGCAGACCUAUUUUUUUUGCUUCAUCUUAUACUGAGUUUUUUAUUCAUCUAGAAAAAAUUUUAUUGUUCUUUUCUCCUUUAUUUAAAAUUGACUCAAACAGCACUAAAAAAAAUAAUAACGUUAUUCAUAUUGAUAAUGAUGAUGAUGAUGAUAUUUUUAAUGAUUGUGAAGAAAACGAAUUUGAAAACAUUAGUUUAGCUUGCAGAGAAAGAUUAAUCAGUUCUGAUUUACUCACUCUAGAUGAAAUUGAAAUAAAACUAAGCAUGCUAUUGUUAUCUUCAAAUAAUAACAAUAUUAAUUAUUCUAUAUCUUGGUUUCAAAAAACCUGCGAUAAUUCAAAGAUUUUCUCUUUUCCUUCAAGAAUAUUGCCUCAUCUAUAUCUUGGUUCAAUCAGACAUGCAAACAAUCUUCAAUUAUUAAAGCUUUUAAAAAUCAACAAAAUGAUUUCCGUUGGGGAACUUCCUGUUGAUUGGUUAUCAAAUCUUGACUCCAAAAACUAUAAAGUGGAAGUUGUAUCCAACAUUUGUCAAGCUGUUACUUUUAAUUCUAACUUAGGUGAAGAUUUCCCCAUUAAAAAGUUGUUGUUUGUUAACGUUUUAGAUAAUGGUAUCCACACAUUCUCUAAUUCCUUAGAUAGCAUUCUAAAGUUUAUCAACGAUGAUGAUGGAAAACUAAAUAUUGAUACAAGAGUUUUAGUUCACUGUCAUGUUGGAGUAUCUAGAUCAGCAACUAUUUGUAUUGCUGAAGUCAUGAAAAGAUUGAAUUUCUCCUUUGCUUACGCAUACCUUUAUGUUAGAGUAAGGAGAAUCAGCAUAUUACUCUAUCCAAAUCUUAAAUUCUGUUAUGAAUUAUAUAAAUGGAAAGAAAAAAAACUUAUAGAUCAAUACAAAAAUGAGGUUGCAGAUCAGUUAUGCCAAAAAAUUGAUCAAUUGUCAGGAAAUAUGGAUAAAAUUCUUGAGUUGACUUCAACAAGCUCAAUUACCCAAAAUUUCUCUCAGACUAAUUCACAAAAACUUGAUGGUGUCAUUUCUAAACCAUUCUUAAGAGAUAUUGAUUGGCAUUUAUUUUGCCAUCAAGUGGCUGAAAUGAACAAAAGAUAUUUACUUCAAUCUAAAAGAACAGUUUAACUAAAAUUUUUGAUUUUCUUCUUUAUUUGAUUUUUUUUUAUUUUGUUAAAUUUUCUUUCUUUCUGUUUUCUAUUUUUAACUCUUAUUUUUCUCUUCUAUUGACUAUAUUUCCCAUAUUAUAUUUUUGUUCAAAAGACUUCAAAAUAAUCUACUUGAUACUUUUAUCAAUAGACGUUCUUGUUAUAACGUUUUUUUUUUCCUUCUUAUAU